CUGACUUGAACCCACCACAGCAGAAGAAGCGAGACACCCGAACCUGAAACGAGUCGAUUCGUCGCGAUGGCAUCUCGUCUCGUUGCGGCGGCGGCGUCCUCCACUUCCUCCCCCCUCGCCCGCCUAGUCUCUCGCCGCGGCCUCGCCGGUGCCGCAGACGGCCAUGGGCCUGCGAAGGUGCCCUUAUGGAAGGACCCGAUGAGCCCGAGCAAGUGGAAGGAAGAGCACUUUGUGCUAGCCAGCUUGUCUAUGUGGGGUGCUGUUAUUUAUGGUGGUAUCAAGUUUUUCACUGGGGGGAAGAAGGAAGACAAGGCAGAGGCGGCUCCAGCACAGGCGGCAUAGUUGGUUGCACCAGAGUUGUACCACCUUUCUGCGGCCAAGCAACUAUGUCAAAUAAAAAGAAAUGUUAUGUUGUGCUUUCAAGUUGUUGACGACAAAUUGUGGCAACCAGAGAUUUUGAUUUAUGUAGGCAAGAUUUGGAGAAGCUACACUUACUCUCAGCCACCAUUGAAUAAUCUUGCGGCAGUGUAACUAAAUGUUAGCGGACACUGCAGGUGUUGUACUUGUUUUUCGCAAUUGAUUAAUUGAUGUUUUAAUUUCUGUUGCCACCUACA